UUUGUUGUUAUCAUUAUAGUCUCAAAAAAAUUAAUAGUGUAGUUUUAAAAUUUAAAAAAUCAACAUUAAAACUGUCUUGUAGUAAAAUAUCAAAUGGUUUGUUUUUGUCAAAUAAAGGAUAUAUAACCUCGAAAGAUAAAUCAAUAGAAAUGGCAUCUUUAGACGAAUUUCAUCCUACGUUCGAUAAAGUUUCGGACAAAGUCGAUUUCCCUAAGGAGGAGGAAAAAAUCCUCAAGUAUUGGGACGAUAUAAAUGUUUUCAAUAACUGUAUGAAACUGUCCGAAGGAUCUCCGUCAUUCAUCUUUUAUGAUGGACCUCCUUUCGCCACCGGCCUGCCUCAUUACGGUCAUAUACUUGCCGGUUCCAUUAAGGACGUUGUGACAAGAUAUGCAUACCAAACAGGCCAUCACGUAGAAAGGAGAUUUGGUUGGGAUUGUCACGGACUUCCUAUAGAGCACGAAAUAGACAAUAUGUACAAUAUUAAACACUCGUCCGAUGUCUACAAAUUGGGAAUAGAUGUUUAUAACGAAAAGUGCAGGUCAAUUGUAAUGAAGUACUCUAACGAAUGGAAGCAUAUAGUAUCCAGAACAGGGAGGUGGAUAGACUUUGAAAAUGAUUACAAAACACUAAACACACCCUAUAUGGAAACACUUUGGUGGAUAUUCAAGCAACUGUAUCAGAAGAAUCUCGUCUACAGAGGAUUCAACGUCAUGCCAUAUUCACUUUCUUGUAACACACCUGUUUCAAACUUCGAGUCUAACCUAAAUUAUAAAAUGGUUACAGACCCCUCACUUUUUGUUUCUUUCAAGUGUUUGGAUGAAGAAUUUGAGUUGGUGGCGUGGACAACAACGCCAUGGACUUUACCAUCAAACAUGGCGCUCUGCGUAAACGGAGACUUCAACUACCUCAAAGUCAAGUACAAAAAGAAUAACAAAACCUAUGUGGUGGCUGAAUGUAGGCUGGAGUAUUUCUGUAACGCACUUGGAGCAAACAUUGACGAAAGCUUCGAGAAGCUCGGCUCGUUAUUCGGUAGGGAACUCGUCGGAAAGAAGUAUGAGCCACUGUUCGACUUCUUCGCAAAUCACCCAAACUUCUCCGAAGAACUGAUGUCAAGAGCAUAUGUGGUGGUAUCAGACAAAAUGGUGACAUCAGAAAGUGGUACGGGCAUAGUCCACUGCGCUCCAUACUAUGGUGAAGAUGAUUACAGAGUCUGCAUGAACUACAAAAUAUUGGACGGACCCCUUCCAGAGCUGAUCAACGAGUCUGGUAUCUUUGUUGGUUCAACAGGAGACUUGGCUGGUUUGUACAUUAAGGAUGCAGAUAAUGUCAUCAAGAAGAUGCUUAAGGCCAAGGACCAGCUGGUACACUCUGGAACUAUUGUUCACUCCUACCCGUUCUGCUGGAGGAGUGACACCCCACUCAUUUACAAGGCCGUAAACUGCUGGUUCAUCAAAGUAUCAGAGUUCAGACAGGACAUCUUAAACUCGAGUAUGCAGACUAACUGGACGCCAAAGUUUGUUAGAGACAAGAGGUUCCACAACUGGGUCUCUGAGGCCAGAGACUGGUGCAUUAGCAGGAACCGAUUUUGGGGCACACCAAUACCACUAUGGACUAGCGAAGACUACACCCAAAUCGUCUGCAUAGGAAGCAUUGAAGAGUUGGAGAAUUAUACGGGAGAAAAGGUUAAUGACUUACACCGUCACAACGUUGAUCACCUAUUGAUACCAGAUCCGAGAGGACCAGAGUAUCCCCCGCUGAGGAGAAUACCAGAGAUAUUCGACUGCUGGUAUGAAAGUGGAUCAAUGCCGCUGGCAAAGAUACACUACCCUUUCGAAAACAAAGACUCUCUAGACCAGCACUUCCCAGCUAAUUUCAUAGCUGAAGGUCUGGACCAGACUAGAGGUUGGUUCUACACACUGAUGGUCCUGUCAACACUACUCUUCAAUAAAUCCCCAUUCAAAAACGUAAUAGUGAACGGUCUAAUAUUGGCAAGUGAUGGUAAAAAGAUGUCCAAAAGGCUUAAGAAUUACCCAGACCCACUAGAUAUCAUAAACCAGUUUGGAGCAGACUCACUUAGGUUGUUUCUAAUAUCAUCCCCAGCAGUGAAGGCGGAACCAGUGAGAUUCUCAACGGAUUCAGUAAGAAACGUGCUAAAGGAUGUUAUUCUCCCCUGGUUCCACUCUUACAGGUUCCUAGUUCAGGAGGUUACAAGGUACGAGGUUACACACAAAAUGAAGUUCGUGCCUGACCCUGAAGCACCUUUCAAGUCUAGUUGUGUUAUGGACAGAUGGAUUAACACAAUUACACAGGAACUCAUCUAUUCUGUUCAUCAUGAAAUGGAAAAUUACAAACUCUACAAUGUCAUGCCAAAGCUCCUUUCAUUCUUGGAACAACUUACAAACUGGUACAUAAGGAUAAACCGCGAGAGGAUGAGGGGCACCUUUGGUGAUGAGGAAUGUGUGGUCUCAUUGCAGUCACUGUUUACUUCACUGAAGACUUUUAACCACCUAAUGAGUAUGUUCGCGCCAUUCACAUCAGAGAUGAUAUACCUUAACCUGAGGAGAUUUUCUGGGGGGAUGGAAAGUAUUCAUUAUGAGAAGCUACCAAAGUCAACAAUGAGCUUUGACAAGGAACUCAUGAGAAGGAUAGAGGUGAUGCAGAGUAUUAUACUUCUCUCCAGGACAAUAAGGGAGCGUAAAAAGAUAUCUCUCAAGUUUCCGCUGAGGAAACUUACGGUAAUUCACCAAGAUGUAGAGCUCCUAUCCUCAAUGGAGGAGCUACUCCAGCUCAUUAAGGAUGAAAUCAAUGUGCUGGAUGUCGUGUUGUCUACUGACACUUCACUAAUAACUCUCAACGCCAUGCCUAACUUUAGGAUUCUGGGCGCUAGAGUCGGAAAGGAUAUGAAGCAUGUUUCUGAUGCAGUCCGAAAUCUGGACGAGUCUCAGAUUAAAUUGUUGGAGAGAGAGCCACUGCUGCUUUUGGGCCACUCCAUCUCAAUUGAUGAUGUUGUUAUUACUAGAAAAAUUAAUCCAGAAAAGUUGGAUAAUAAUAAUUUCGACGCAGAGUCCGACAACAACCUCACUGUAAUUCUCGAAUUGACAAAGGAUGACACAUUGGAAUACAAGGCUUUAACUAGGGAAGUUGCCAACAGAGUUCAAAAGAUGAGGAAGGAGCUCGGAUUAUCAAUUGACGACGACAUCACUGUGUACAUAUAUACUGAUGACCUCGAGCUUUUCAAUAUGCUCGAGUCUCAAACUGAAAGUCUUAAAAAAAUACUAAAAAAGAAUGCAGUUGUCACAAAUAAUCUAAAUGUUGCUAAUAAGUUUCAUUCAGAGGAAUUCUCAAUCCGAAACUGUAAAGUAGAAGUUGUUAUUGUCAAAAAUUAAUAUACUAAAUUAUUAAA